AUGAAGUUCCCUGUGGACCUCCUUGCUAACGUCAGCCAGGCAGAGCUGGAACGGUUGUCCCACAACUACAUGAACAACCUCCUCUACAGCAACCCCGAUUGCCCCGACCACCUCGCCCUCUCCGACUUCACCCAGGUCACCAUAGACAUUUCCAGCGUGGGCUUCGUCCCUCUCUAUGGAUGCGGCGGCGAACAGAAGAUCCUGGCCCUCUUCUCACCCAGCGACCCGUUCAUCGCUGUGGCCCUGUACCUGAUGGACCGCUGGUGGGCGGUGGACGACAUUCUUAAGACGGCAGACCCAACUCGAGGUGGAGCUGUGGAGGUGAAGACAAUGGGAGAGAAAAUUGUUUUAUACAUCCUCAACCGCGUCGUCUAUCGAGCCAAGGAGAUGAGCCCAGAGGAGCUCCCCUUCCUCUGCCAUGGUGAAAAAGAUCACGCAAAAAUCCUCUGGAAUGAUGGAGAGGCUGCCGGCUUCUACUCAGUCAAACCUGCAGGCAGCUUUUGUAGCUCUUUUUCAACCAGAAGCUAUCAGCUCCCUGUGAUGGACUCCAUCUUUGUUCGGAGAUGUCAGCGUGGAAAAGGCUUUGGCCUCCAGAUGCUGGAGGACUUCGUGCUCAGUUUCCAAGAGGACUGUCUGGGGUUGAGGUACCCCAUAUCAAAGUUCAUGUAUAAAGUGUGUGAGAAAUACCUGUGUCAGUACCCAGGAGAUACAGACCUGCUUUGGGAGGUGCAGAGCAUAGGCGGUCCCAAACAGAGGACCAACAUCGCCAGAAAGAUCCAGGCCAUGGACCAGAGUGCAGUAUCCAGGAGUCUGACAUUCACAGAGGAAGCACUCGUAAUCACUGAAAGGACUCAAAAGGACGUGGUGAUUACCACUCAAAUAAAGACAGCUGGCUCUAUGGAGUGCACGGUUGAAAUUGUGGAGGAAGUGACGGUGCUGAGCGUUAGCAAAGUUUCAGAUGCCGCUGUGCCCCUCACAGCACGGGGUGGGAGUAGCGGCUCAAAACGAAGGAAGAUGGGAGAAAAGAUUGGAGAGGACAAGUCAGAAAAAGUCAUCAGAAUUGAGGAUAUUGAAGCAGAAUCCCCCAGCGAGGAUCAAGUUUCUGCACGACAGAAGACAGAACUGCACAUCUCUGAAUUGGUGAAGACUGAGGGUAUGUCCAGUGUGGCUCCUGAAGAGCAAGGAGAGAUUAUGGUUGAUACUGCACCUGAUGAUGCAGCUAAGAUGUUGGACCACCCUAACACCAUCCUAGCCCAUCAAGACCUAGAAGAAGCUGAUGUUACAUUAGCACCUACGACUGAGGAGCCACAACUAGGAGAUGAUGCCCCACAGAAUCUCAACAGCGUCUCCUGUGACUCACAGAUAACAGUUGAGAAUGUGGCAUCUGAAAUUGAGGAAGACACUGCAGCGCUGGCAGUCUCUAAGGAACAAGAGCCAAGUCUGUCAACAUGUGUAACAUCAGAGAAUGGUGAAGCUGGAAAAACGGGAAGAGCCAAUGUAGAGGCUGUAACAACUGUACAGAGUACAACCCCCAGAUGGAGAUCUACGCUUCCGGAUACAGCAGCGACUGCUGUACCAAAGGAAAAUGAGGAUGAAAUAGUAACUGAUCCAUCUGAGAAUGAACAAAAUGGUGAGGAGGUAGAAACAUCAGUGAUACAGAAUAAAACAGAUGUCCCUGACAAUGAGAUUGAUGAGCCCCCUGCAGAAGCUGCUGGUGAAGAGAAAGCAGAUGAACAAGCAGCAUACAAACAGGUGGAAGAACACCACCAAGUGGCAAAUGAUGCAGUCACAGUAACGGUUACAAUGGAAGAGGAACAGUGUGCCAUUUCUGAGAUGUGUGCAGAUAGAGAAGCAGACACUCCAGGAGGAGAUGAUGCUGAAGGGGACCUUCCAGUAGCUGAGGAAGAGGCACCAGUUGUUGAAACUAGAGCUCUGAGACGUAAAACAAAAACAAGCACAGCUACACCGAGACGCAAAACAACAAGGAGCAGAGAGCAGGUGGAUGCACAAGAAGCAGAGCAAAAAGAUGCAGUGGAGGUCAUAACAGGGCUGGAAUCAGUUCCACCAACAGAAGUGGACGAGAGGAAAGCCCCAGAGGAGGAUGAAAUAGAGGUGGAGAAUGAGGAUCUUGUUACUGCAGAGGUGGAGUCUGAGGAAGGAACAAUGACGAUGACUGUAGAGGAAGAGGACACAGCUGGAGUGACAGCUGCUGCAGAUGAGUUGGUACAAGAAGAGACAGACGCACCAUUACCUUCACCGCCCACCGACUCAGCUGUACUUCCACCUGUCGAAGAAGAGGCAACACCUUCAGCUGAGGAGCAACAGAGUGAGGACAUGGCAACCCAGCUUUCUGAUCUCCGUAGAAUGUCAGUGGUUUUAGUGGACCUGCAAAAAGCCCAUCACGACGUCCAGGAUGAAGCAGCAGCUACAGAGGAGGGUCUUCCUGUACGAAAGACUGCUGCUGAGGCAGAAGAGGAAGCAGCCAAAAUACAAGAUCCUGGGGAGGGGAGAGAUGAGGAGACAGCUAAAGAAGAGGAGGCUACAAGGGGUAAUGUUGAGGAGCAAAAACUUAUAGUUACUGAAACCAGAACACCAAGAAGUGGAAAGCAAGCAGUCGAAGCCACACCAAGAACCAGAGGCAGACCUCGAAAAGGUAAAGUAAGGAAGGAGGCAGCAUCAGUAAUUCAGGCAGAGGAACCAGCGGUUCAUGUCAGGGUUUUGAGGACUGGAAGGAAAUCUGUCCCUAUCACACAGAGAAGUACAACAAAAAAAACCUGCAAGCAACUCCAGGAAGAAGAGGAGGGAGGAGCGGAAUCAACAGCAGUGGAGGCGAGAGAAGAAGAGGAAGAACAGCAGAUGACUAAUCAAGAGAAGGAAGAGAGACUUGAAGAAAGGGAUGCAACUGAACAAGUAGAAAACAUAGAAGCAGAAAUGGCCCUAGAGAAAGAGGAUAUAGUGGCAGAGCAAGGACAAGAUGCAAUGGAAGAUCAAUCGGAGGGUAAAUCCCAAACAUCUGCAGAAAGGCAGGUAGAGGCCUCAAGUGAAGAAUAUGAUGAAGGAAACUCAUCUUUGGGGGCUGAGGAAGUGGAACUACCAUCAGUUGCUGCAACUAGAUCUCUGAGAAGUGGUGGCAAGAUGUCCAAAGCUCCACCAAAAACCAGGUCAAGACCAAGCAAAACUGAGUCAGACGAAGAGGUAGAGGAACUGGAACCUCCAGUAGUAAGAAUAAUUCCUAAAAGAGGAAGGAAGUCUGUUCGUAGAAGCCACAAACAACUCCAGAAAACUGAAGAGGGACCAGAGGAAUCGGUUGAGGAAGCAGAGGUACAGGAAGAAGCUGCAGGGCCGGGUUUAGCCGAAGAUCCACCAACAGAAGUGGACGAGAGGAAAGCCCCAGAGGAGGAUGAAAUAGAGGUGGAGAAUGAGGAUCUUGUUACUGCAGAGGUGGAGUCUGAGGAAGGAACAAUGACGAUGACUGUAGAGGAAGAGGACACAGCUGGAGUGACAGCUGCUGCAGAUGAGUUGGUACAAGAAGAGACAGACGCACCAUUACCUUCACCGCCCACCGACUCAGCUGUACUUCCACCUGUCGAAGAAGAGGCAACACCUUCAGCUGAGGAGCAACAGAGUGAGGACAUGGCAACCCAGCUUUCUGAUCUCCGUAGAAUGACAGUGGUUUUAGUGGACCUGCAAAAAGCCCAUCACGACGUCCAGGAUGAAGCAGCAGCUACAGAGGAGGGUCUUCCUGUACGAAAGACUGCUGCUGAGGCAGAAGAGGAAGCAGCCAACCAUCAUGAUGCUCAGGAGGAUGGGCAGGUCGACUGUACUGAGACAGUUGCCGAUGAAGACACAGAGGCUUCAUUUGAACAACAUGAUCAUGAGGUAAAGACCUCUGUUGUUGCAGAGGAAGCGGUCGCAAAGCAAGAUAUAGUGGAAGGAGAACAGUCAACCUCCACAUCUGAAAUGGCGGAAGGUGCACAGGAGACGAUGUUGACAGCAAAGGACGAGCAGGCAAAUGAUGCGUCUGAGGAGGAAGCACCAGUUGUUGAACGAGUUCGAAGUAGCGGUGAAAAGGCCCUGAGAGCCACCACAAAGAAACCGGAUGAUAAGCAAGAGGAAGAGGCACCGGGAGAGAAAAUCACAGAAGAAGUUGAACCAUCAUUGGAAAUUAGAGUUCUCAGGAAGGGAAGAAAGCCUGCUGAGGCCGCACCUAGACGUCCAUCCAAAAUAGCUCGCACACAGUAUCAGACUGAGGAAGCAGGAGAAGAAGAAGCAACUCCUGCUGAAGAGAUUGAAGGCGAGGAAGAAGAGGCAGGGCCGGAAUCACCUGAGGAGAAAGGGAUAGAGGUAGAAGAAAUGAAGAAAGAGGAAAAAGCUCAUAAUGCGGCUGGGGAAGAAUGUACCGUGGGACACGCAGAGCAGACGAAGGAUGCCUCGACAGCGGAAGCAGGAGUGCUUGAAGAGGAGGAUAACAGUGUGGAAGCUGUGUAUGGGAUUGGUACUAACACAUUCCUACCUACAUCAGUUGAGGUAGAAGAGAUUAACACAGCUGUGGAGGAGGAAACCACAGUUGUUGAACAACCUACUGCAGCUGCAGAAGUGGGAUCGGACGCUGCCAUCGCUGAAGAGGAGGCUCUAGUUGAAAACGCAUUAGUGGUGGCAGAGGAAGACACUCCAGCUGCAACGAAAAGAGCAUUUAGGAGCAAACAAAAAGCGUCACCUGCCACACCAUCACCAAGAUCCAGAAGACAGAAAGUCGAUUCUCCUCGAAGGUCUGUACGAAAAAGGACAAAAGUGGAUUACAGGGAAAACAACGUGGGUGAGCGUGACGAGACUGAGGCCAACACUGACAAAGAGAAAGAGGUUCCAGUAGCAUCAGAUGAGGACCAAGGGGCCAAUAAAUCUGAAUGUUCUUCAAAUGCAGAUGAAGUGGGAGAGGCAGCAGGUUCAAGCCAAGAGGACGAGGAAUUCGAGCAGAAUACGUCAGAGGAAGAGGAGGAACCUAUAGUGAUUGGGAAGAGAGUUUUAAGAGGGAGGUCAGUUCCUUCAGUGAUCAUAACACCGCAGUCUAAAUCCAGAUGCCGCAGCUCUAAAGUAUCGAGUGAAGAAAAGAGCCCUCGAUCAGCUCAGAAGAGAAAAAGUACUGAGGUGACACGCAAGUCUAAGCGCCUCAGCCGAGUUUAGGAUGUUCAGAAUAAGAUCAUUGACAAUGACACAGAAGUGCAUGUGUGUGCACUUAACUGGGAAAAUGCAAACAAAAAUGAAAUUAUAUAUACAAAUCUAUAUUUUCGUAAUAAAUGUUUUAAUGCAAGCUUCUGUAGUGUAUAGGCUCACUGAGUGCUGCGCCCGGUGGAAUCCAAGGGCUACCCGUGACCACAGUGGCCGAAGGUUAAAUGGUAAAUGGACCUGUUCUUGUAAAGUGCUUUUCUAGUCUUCCGACCACUCAAAGCGCUUUGAGUACAUGUCGUCAUUCACCCAUUCAGACCCAUUCAUACAUGAUGGGAGGAGCUACCAUGCAGGCAAAUCUAACCGCCGAUCCUUUGAAGGACGACCCUGCUCUACCACUGAGACACAGUCACCCCUUUAUGGGCUUGCUUCAGGGCCACUAUUAUCUUUCCUCUCUGCCCUCUUGAUCUGACCUGGGGACAGUGUCUCACAACUACUUCCACCAGCAUUUCGCAGUUUUUUUUUUUACAAACAAAAACCUAUUAUGACAUACUGUGUCAGAUUUGAAAAGUGUUUUUGCCUUUUCCCCAGUUUGUAUGUGAACAUUAAUUAUAUUUUUGCUGUUAAAACACCCAAGUCUGAUUAAAAAGAACUGGGUUUGUUGAUGUCUGCAUACAAAUCAACAAACUUGCGGGGACCACGUUAUUUUAAAGUGGGGAAUUUCUAUUUUUAUACUGUAACAAUGUGACUGUCCAGUUUGCAUCGUGCGAAGCAACAUGUCUCUCAAAUAUAGAUUUUGGUAGAUUUUUUACUCUGUAACAUAUAGCUUGUUUAUGUACUUUAAAUAAAUAAUAAAUACCAAAACAUGUUCUUCUUUUAUCAGCAGAACUCUUGUUGAUCUUAAUAUUAUAAUGUUCCCUUUUUUUUACAAAGAUUCUUAACAUGUAGGUCCAUCUCAUCGCCUCUCGUGUGACACUUUUCUCUAACUUUGAACUUGAGCGGUCGACCCUGAGAGGACGGUUGACUCAAGCUGGCGCAUAGUCAAUGCCAAUAUCAUGUUUGUUGUUUUUUUUUUUUUUUGAACUCACUUUUUUUAUUUAGUUUUCAACAACAAACAA